AUGUCAGUUGCGAACAAUAAGUGGGGUCUGACGCAGGUGAAAAUUAACAAGUGCAAUUACAUUUGGACGAUAAACAACUUUAGUUACCUGUUAAAACAAGCCGGCGAGGAGCUCAAACCUCCGUGUUUGUCGAUAGGCAACGGAAAAGCAGAUGAGCCGAGGUGGUGCCUCAGACUCUACCCCAAGGGUAUCAACGAGAGCUUCAAAGACUACCUAUCGCUGUAUUUCUAUCGGAACUCUGGAGCCGACUACAGAGUCGAAGGUCGAUACGAGCUUUCGCUGCUGAACGAGCCUGCGGCUUUUCCGGCCUUUGUCAAACGCGAGCUUAUCACGGACAAGGCCAACGGCCUUCUGGUGGACGAUUCUCUGACAUUUCGCUGCGAAAUCGCGAUGAUCGUCGGCAACGUCAGCUUCUCCAGCGAAGACUAUGAGUCGUCGAAUCGACCCUUUCGCGCUGGUGGACUACAAAGCUUGAGUUCAGACUUUGAGAAAAUGAGUCCGAUAUUCUCGGCGAUGUUCGAGCACGACAUGCUGGAGAACAAAUUAGCGGCUGUGAAGAUAGUGGAUGUGGAGCACCACUAUUUGAUAUAA